GUACAACAAUUAGCUGGUAGUAUUUAUCAGGAAUUCGAACGCAUGAUUAACCGUUACGAUGAAGAUGUGGUGAAGAAUCUUAUGCCGCUGCUGGUGAAUGUUUUAUUGCUAGAAGCCGAAGAUGUGGCUGAACAGGAAAAUAAAGAGCUCGCAAGUCGGCUGGAGUCGUUGGAAAGCAUUGUGCGCAUGCUCGAAUUGAAGCAUAAAAACAGUUUGGAGCAUGCGAGUCGUUUGGAGGAGCGCGAGACCGAAUUGAAGAAGGAGUAUAACAAGCUACACGAGCGCUACACGGAGCUCUUCAAAAACCAUGUUGACUACAUGGAACGCACCAAAAUGCUUAUGGGUUCGACACACUCGCAAAUGAGUUCUGCAUCAGAGCGAUUGGAAGUGAAUAGAGCCAGGUUAAAUCCAAUAGCUCGGUCUUCCGGUCCAGUGUCUUAUGGCUUUGCUUCACUCGAAAACUCCGUCAUGCUGGAUACAGAGACAAUCUGUAGUGUUGGCAGCAACUCAGAUGAUUCCGGGCCGCCGUCAUCAAAUGAGCUAGAUAGCCUGCAGACGGUGGAGCGUGCGGCUGAAACAGACACCUUGCAGCAGCAGAACCAAGCAACAUCACCGCAGAGUGAUACGAGUCCCGUUGUGCCAAAUGCACCAGCCAAUGUUGGGCGUUCAACAACCAAAAAGGAGCAACGCUCUGCUAAUACCCUAUACCAAGAGUUGUCAUUUCAAGACAACGAAGAGAGUGAAGAGCAUGAAGUUGUUACAGGAAGCUGGGUGCAUCCUGGAGAAUAUGCUUCU